AUGCGCUCACUGAAGUAGAGGUGCCUCGCCUUUUGGUGCAGUGGUAUAUUGUUCCUUCAUAAAGCGGCGGGGCUGGUAGCUCGUGGGCUUAUAACCUAUUCGAUCAACUCUACUACGUCAGCGAUGUAGUUAUAGCCAAGAGUGAUGAAUGCAUUUCAACAUACCUAUUCGAUCAACUCUACUACGUCAGCGAUGUAGUUAUAGCCAAGAGUGAUGAAUAGGAAGCUAACAAUAAGAGACCCGCGCGCCCCAAGUCCACAGCCAGCGAGCCUGGGGCUGAGCCAAUGGCCCAGGCUCGCUCCGCGCGCCUAAGUCCCAGGCUCGCUUCGCGCGCCUAAGUCCUGGGCCGGGGCGCCCGGCUCACUCCGCGCGCCUAAGUCCGCGCCCGGUUCGCUCCGCGCGCCUAAGUCCUGAGCCGAGCGGAGAGUGGAUUCCUCACAGCAUCGACAUCGCCAAGGACGGCCGGGCCAUUGCUCACGGUACCAGGGUCAACGACGGUCUUUACCUUUUGGACGCGGAUCACACCAAGUGUCAGCAUCUUGCCUUCCUCUCACGCUCUGAGUCUCCCGUGCCCCUGCUUACCCUACACCGCUGCCUCGGCCAUCUUGCCCCAUCCUCUAUACAGAAGAUGAUUGCUGCAGGUUUGCUGGACGGGUUUGGGGCCGGGUACAGUGACAAAGACGUAGAGGAGUUUGUUUGCAAUGCUUGCCUUGGUUCCAAAGGUCACCGCCUUCCCUUUCCCGACUCUGAGUCGCAUUCCGCCGAGAGACUUGGCCUCGUGCACAGCGACGUCCUGUCGUUCCCCACUCCGUCCUUGACCGGGAAGCGCUACCUUGUCACGUUUCUAGACGACCACUCUCGCAAACUCUGGGCAUAUGCGAUCGAUCACAAAAGCGAUGUUUUCCCGACCUUCCAGACUUGGCUCGCCGAAGUGGAGUUAGAGACGAACGCGCGGUUGAGGAUCCUUCGAACCGACAAUGGCGGGGAGUACCGAUCAAACGCAUUCACGGAGUUCUGCAAAUCCAAGGGCAUUCGUCGUCAAUACUCUAUCCCUUACACGCCUCAACAAAACGGUCGCGCCGAACGUGUCAACCUCUCCAUCGUCGAGGGCGUCCUCGCUCUCCUUGCGGACGCCCGUCUGCCGGCCACCUUUUGGGAUGAAGCGGCUGCGUAUUUCGUUUAUUGCAAAAACAGGUGCUCACACUCAGCUUUGGCCAAACAGACUCCAGAAUCCGUUUGGAACGGCCAACGCACCACCGCCACCGCCCUCCACCCGUUCGGCUGCACAGCCUGGCUCACGGUCGCCCCGGACCUUCGCAGCAAGCUCGACCCCAAGGCCGCGCGCGUGAUCUUCACAGGUUACGACCUCGCCUCCAAAGCUUUCCGUUUCUUUGACCAUUCCAUCAACAAGAUUGUACUUGGUCGCAAUGCCACCUUCCUCGACGACGACUUCCCCGGCCUGCCAGUCACCACGCCCGUCGAUGCAGACGACACCGACCGUCAGUUCGUCGUUCCCGCCGACACGCCCGCCCCUGCCGUCAAGACGAGGACCCCACUAGUAAGGUCGGCGCACAUGGACGUCUCAUCCUCCCUUGAUGAUUCUGCCAUGAGCGCCGUUGACGUGGCCCCAGGGUACACUGGCGGAACCUUACUUAAUUCCACAGAUACCGAAUCGUCCUCGUCACCGUCUCCUGAGCCGUCCUCGUCACCGUCGCCCACAAACCCUUUGUCACCGUCGCCUGCGCUGUCACCGUCGUUGGCAGCGUCAUCGUCACCCUCGGUCUCACCGACCGACUCUGACUACUCCGCCGACCCUCUGGACCUCAUCGGCUCACAGACCCCGACUCGCCUUGGCCCACCGGACGUGCACCGCCCAGACUUCAGCACGUACCGUGAGCCCGCAUCGGCUGAGGAGUCGCCCGACGAACUCGACAUCAUUGGGCGUCACUCGCGCGAUGAAUCGCCGGAUGAAAUCGAUUUCCUCACCCAACACCACCGCGCCUUCAUCGCCACAGACGACGACGACCCCACCCUCGACGCCAUCGAGCCCGUCAAAUCGAUCACUAGCGACCCCCAGACCUGGCGCGAAGCAAUGUCCAGCGACGAGCACAACAUCUGGGCUGAGGCCGCCGCCGCCGAGUUCACCGCCAUGCGCGACGACUUCAAGGUGUUCACCAUCGAGCCUCGCUCAUCUGUACCGCCGGGCGCCACCAUCGUCACCUCCAAAUUCGUCUGGAAGACCAAGCGCAACGCAAGCGGUGAAGUCACGGGGCGGAAGGCACGUCUUGUAGCGCAGGGUAACCGACAGCGCGACGGCAUCGACUUCUCAGAAACCUUCGCACCCGUCGCCCGUUUCUCCUCCAUUCGCUGCCUCCUGGCUCUUGCCGCUGCCAAUGGCUACCACGUUCAUCAGGCCGACAUCGACAAGGCUUACCUCCACGGCGAGCUCGAUCAUGAUAUCUGGAUGACGACACCACGCGGUUUCGACUUCCCGAGCGAUAAGGUUCUCCGGCUGCGACGCUCAAUCUACGGUCUCAAGCAGGCCGGUCGCAUCUGGAAUCGUCACAUUGACACAUCACUCAGGAAUCUGGGGUACAAGGCAACAGGCACUGAUCACUGCAUUUACUCUCGCAUUGACGUAUGA